AAAAUCUAUCAACAAAAGAGUGAACACAAUCCUACUUGGCUGCCCUUUCAAAAGAAGAACCUUUGAUCCUCUAUCCAUCCUCUCUCAUCUCAGCCUUAAAAUCUCAAGGAGGAAUUGCUGGACACAAAUGGCAACCACAUCUGCAGCUGUGCUACAUGGGUUGAGUUCCUCCUUCUUGGCCGCUGGAAAGAACAUCAACGCCUUGUUAGCUUCUCCUCUCUCCGCCAGAGCCGGCGGUGCAGCGGCUUCUCAUAAGAGGUUGGUUGUGGCGGCUGCUGCUGCUGCUCAGAAGAAAUCUUGGAUCCCCGCCGUUAGAGGCGGCGGCAACCUAGUUGAUCCUGAAUGGCUGGAUGGCUCGCUGGCAGGGGAUUAUGGGUUUGACCCGUUGGGUCUAGGAAGAGACCCGGCAUCCCUGAAAUGGUACAGAGAAGCAGAGCUGAUCCACGGCAGGUGGGCAAUGGCGGCGGUUGUAGGCAUCUUUGUGGGUCAGGCAUGGAGUGGCAUCCCAUGGUUCGAGGCGGGAGCCGACCCGGGAGCAGUCGCGCCCUUCUCCUUCGGCUCACUCCUCGGCACCCAGCUUCUCCUCAUGGGCUGGGUCGAAACCAAGAGAUGGGUAGAUUUCUACAACCCAGGUUCCCAAUCCGUAGAUUGGGCCACCCCGUGGUCGAAAACCGCCCAAAACUUCGCUAACGCCACGGGCGAUCAAGGCUAUCCGGGUGGCAAGUUCUUCGACCCGCUUUCGUUAGCGGGCAGCAUUGAGAACGGUGUUUAUGUGGCUGACACGGAGAAGCUCGAAAGAUUAAAGGUUGCGGAGAUAAAACACGCAAGGCUUGCGAUGUUGGCUAUGUUGAUAUUCUUCCUUGAGGCGGGGCAAGGGAAGACGCCUCUUGGAGCUCUCGGGUUGUAAGAACUAAAAAGUGUAAAGGCUAAGAGUCAUUUCGAUCUAGAAAUUAUCUCCACAUAUGAAGUCCUACAUGGAUUUCUCUAUGCCCUCUAUUGAAAUUUUAAAAUUUUAAAUAUGAUCAGCACAAACUCCCCUUUGUUCAACUUUGAAAACUUCAAAAAGAAUGUCGUUUUGGGUCUUGGUUGAACCAUCAUGGUGUUGGUUUAAAAACAAAGAUGAGACCUUUUGAUCACUUAUACACGAUUGAACUUAGGACUUUAGAAUUAAUGACAUAUGAAAGACUUGAAUAAAAUUAAUUGACAA